AUGGAUUACUGGGCAGGCACACGAGCCAGGCUCAUGAAAACGUGCCAGUUAGACCCAACAAUCGAGUUUGGCCCACCAAUCAAGUUUGGUCCAAGCCCAUUACGUUUAGCCGACGUUUUUUAUGCAAGAAAGUUCAUCGAUAUCUAUCACGAUAAUGGAGACCGAGAAAGACAUGCGCCGCUAGUUUAUGCGAACACCAACAGAGCUAAUGGAGAAGAUAACACCAGUGUGGAUAACACCAAAAUACACAAUGAAAAUCUUGAAACGCAUGAAGUCAAUGGCCAGGACUAUAACAUCAUCAUAACCAACAUAGGCGACAACCGCGACAUCCUACCAUCGCCACCUCCGAUUCCAUUGACGGAAGCCGCCGCUCCUGGACAAACAAUAUUGAGGCCCUCGUCAAUAGCUUGUUGGAAGAUUUUGAAAAGCAGGAGGCUGAGAAUCAACUGA